GAAGGCGUUGCGCCAUUUUGAAAGUGGACGAAGAGGCGAGAGGGGAGGAACGGAACGGAACGGAGCGGAGCGGGAGGGUGUGCGAGCUAGCGGCGGUCAGCGAAGAGAACCACCACACCCCCGGCGACGAGCCGCCCGAACCCGAGCAAAGCGGCACCGAGCCUGAACCCGGCACCGUCCCGCGCCAACUCGCUGCCCUACACACAGCAUGGCAGGAGCCGGAGGCGGGAGUAACGAUGUGCAGUGGUGCUUCUCCCAGGUGAAGGGGGCAAUCGACGAUGAUGUAGCUGAAGCCGACAUCAUCUCCACAGUGGAAUUCAAUCACUCUGGUGAGCUGCUUGCCACAGGGGACAAGGGUGGCCGUGUUGUCAUCUUCCAGCAGGAGCAGGAGACCAAGGGCCAGCCGCACAGCCGUGGCGAGUACAACGUCUACAGCACUUUCCAGAGCCAUGAACCUGAGUUCGACUACCUGAAGAGCCUGGAGAUUGAGGAAAAGAUCAACAAGAUCCGUUGGCUCCCGCAGAAGAAUGCCGCACAGUUCCUGUUGUCCACUAAUGAUAAAACCAUAAAGCUGUGGAAGAUCAGUGAACGAGACAAGCGGCCAGAGGGCUACAAUCUGAAAGAGGAAGAUGGACGCUACAGAGACCCCUCGACUGUCACCACGCUUAGGGUACCUGUGUUCCGACCCAUGGAUUUGAUGGUGGAGGCGAGCCCACGGCGCGUCUUUGCAAAUGCCCACACCUACCACAUCAACUCCAUCUCGGUCAACAGCGACUACGAGACCUACCUGUCGGCUGACGACCUGCGCAUCAAUCUUUGGCACCUGGAGAUCACCGACCGCAGCUUCAACAUUGUGGAUAUCAAGCCAGCCAACAUGGAGGAGCUAACGGAGGUGAUCACAGCGGCCGAGUUCCACCCAAACCAGUGCAACACUUUGGUCUAUAGCAGCAGCAAGGGCACCAUCCGGCUGUGCGACAUGCGGGCUGCUGCCCUCUGUGACAAGCACUCCAAAUUGUUUGAGGAACCUGAGGAUCCCAGCAAUCGCUCCUUCUUUUCCGAGAUCAUCUCAUCCAUCUCCGACGUCAAGUUUAGCCAUAACGGGCGCUACAUGAUGACACGCGACUAUCUGUCCGUCAAGAUUUGGGACCUGAACAUGGAGAACCGGCCAGUGGAAACCUAUCAGGUACAUGAGUACCUCAGGAGUAAGCUGUGCUCGCUGUACGAGAACGACUGCAUCUUCGACAAGUUUGAGUGCUGCUGGAACGGCAAUGACAGCGUGGUCAUGACUGGUUCCUACAACAACUUUUUCCGGAUGUUUGAGCGCGGCCACCGACGGGACCUGACCCUGGAGGCAUCUCGCGAGAGCAGCAAACCACGCGCCGUUCUCAAGCCACGCAAGGUGUGCGCAGGUGGCAAGCGCAAGAAGGAUGAGAUCAGCGUGGACAGCCUGGACUUUAACAAGAAGAUCCUGCACACUGCCUGGCACCCGCAGGACAACAUCAUCGCCGUGGCAACUACCAACAACCUCUACAUAUUCCAAGACAAGAUGAACUAGCCCUGUGGCAGCCAUGCAAGGUCCUAUCACGUCCAGCCGCCCACCUGCCUCUGUGCAGUGCGGGCCACUUCGGUGUCGCCAUCGGCAACCCGGUCUUCAUGUCCCUCCCGCCACACCCCUGUCACGCCCAUCACGGCCGAGGGGUGACAUGGAUGCCAACUUCCAUCAAUCCCAUCUGUCAGAGUCCAGCUUUUUUUUUUUUAGUUUUUUAAAUGUCCACAUUGGUGCCCCCCUGUGGUGGGCCUUUCUUCUCUUAGGGUUGUUUUUCAUGUCAUUGUUUUUUGCCAUCGCAGCUACUGUACACGCCCAUUCUUUCAUCUGUCGAUCUGGUUACCCCAGGCGCGUUGUUCUGGUCCCCCUCACUAAGAACCUGCCACCUCCUGCUGGUGUCUCCUCUUGGUCCUCCACACUGCCCCAAACUCAUGUAUGCUCCUCUGUUACACUGUAGAGGAGUUUCAGAGCCCAGCUCACACACCGACUGUGAAACCUGCGUGUUCACUGGUAUGUUCAAUUUCCAGGUUGGACCAAGCUGACACAGCAUUUGCUCCGAGAGUCAACCAUCUUGGUUCCGCCGAGAUGCAUCCUGCAGUGAGGCUGUGGGUUAUUCCAUUUCUGGAUCCCUCCACAACCAUAACACCACCAACGUGUGUCCAUCAGUAGCUGAAGAGUGUGUGCGUGAGACUGGCGUGGGUGUAUGUGAUCAUGCGUCUCUGGUCAGUCCUUCCCACGGGUGCAGUGUCUCCAACACUGAUCAGUAUUAUGGAGCUCAUGACCACACUCCCCUGUGGUUCCUCACCUCAAACACCUUCAGUUGAGGAGAGCAACACUUGGGUGUGUCAUCGUUGUCGUGGAUUAAUGGUGUGUUGCAAACUGUGUUGCCGCAAGUCGUGCGUGUGCUACGUCUAAAAUGGUGACUGUUUGGGUUUGAAGAUGUGGUUCUGUGGCAUAGGCUCAUCUGAGAACUGAACCAUGGUUUGACUGUAGCAGGUUCUUGACAAGAGAACGCUCUUUGACUGAGCCACUUAAAUGUUCCCUCUAUAGGGCGUUAUAAGGGGGUCAGCAGUUGGCUCUUGAAGUUUGUGUUUCAAGCACUACAGAGAGUACCUGAGGAGUUGUAGAGUUUGUGGUUUCUCAGGGAGUUGUGAAGAGGGUGGGAAAGUGACCCCUUCUACCCUUGAUGUUUGGUGCAGUUGUGGAUGUCCGUGUGCUGGAUGUCAGGUAAAAGAUGUGAAUGGUUCUGCUAUUGGGUGUGUCCAGAUUCCUUACCUCUAUCCAGCGGCACCUUUGGACAGCUCACAUACAUGGCGUUUGCCUGGUUUUGUUAGGCCAUCGGAUAGGUUUCCUUCGUCAUACUUUGCUUUCACGGUUUGUCUUAUUUUUGGUGUGCCAGAGACCAUGACAGUGCAGUUACGAGUCAAUAGAAUAACAAAUUGGAAAUGACUGGAAAGCAUUGUCUUAACACGAUAGCAUGUUGGAAAACUGUUUUUGGAGCACUGUAACGGUCAGACCUCCUGAUUGAAUGAGUGAUGCCUCAUAAUGAGCAUGUUGAUUUCUGGUGCCUGGUUCUAGUCAAGAAGUUUUUAUCAGUAUUGUCUAGAUAUAUGUUCCAGGCCUUACAAGCUGUGUGCAAAGUGCCAUCUGCAAGUGGUAAAGUUGUGAUCAUUUGUGUUCAUUUCCUUGCGUGUUUACAGGGCAAAAGUUGCCAGAAAUAGCCUUUUUACUACUGUUUCCCACCCAGUCAAAACCGUUGCUUUUUUUUAGUUUUUUUUUUUUUUUUUAAAAAAUCAUCCAACUGAAUGAAGUAGGUGUUUUUGGGGCACAGUUUUUUCCAUUUCGGCUGAAAACAUCUGGCAACUACUUAACUUAUACUCUGGGGUGCAGCAGGAAGUGUGUAGUGUUGGGAGUGCUGAAGAUAUCCUGACCCUGUACUGGUCUCUCUCUCUCUCACAUGCUCACACUUUAGCUUGCCCCAGAACCAAUAAACUAUACUGAGGGGAUUAUUGCAUCAUCUCUUGGCACCACCUGGAACCUGUUUGGUCACAACAAUACUAAGUCAAUAGUCAGGUAAUGCCAGUCCAUGGUUGUACAAACACUGGUCCUCAGUCAUGGUGGUCUUGUGCGACCACAUUUUGAUCCCACCCUCUGUUCCAUACAUGUUGGAUAGGUUCAGGGACUCUGCAAUGUGCUAUAGCACCUCCUACUGCACUGAAAUUUGGCUAAAUAGAAAUAUCCUACAAUGCACCUCCAAAGGCAGGAAAGAAUCAUGUGCUUGAGCCAUUUUAAUGUAUCCCAGAAUGCACAGCAAGUCCAGACAGCAGCAGUUUUAUCCAACAUGGCACUAGGAAUGCAGUUAGUUCAUCAUUCAUAGAAAACUUAAUUUACCAAAUGAGCUGAGGUUUUAAAUGUGAACGUUUGGGUGUAACAUUUGCCAAACACUGCCGCUGCCAGCCACUUUGUGAAGCGUUCAACAAAUACAUGGGCAUGGUGUUGCUCCAGGGUUAAAACGGUCUAUGGUGUGCAGAGGGGUGUAGAGAAGCAUGGAAGUAAACCAGCCUCUACCACCACAUUGGGAUGGAAUCACUUUUUUUAAAUUAUUUUAAUUGUGACAAUGAGAAGCUAAUGACUCGCACACUGGCGCUGACAUACAGGGUGAUUGGUGGGUCACGGUUUGCCGGAUGAACGGGGCAGUCUCCAGGUGUCCAUUCCACGGCUGGGAACGCAGUGCAGGAACACUCUUCAGCUGGUACCUGAGCGCUGCCCAGAGCACCACGUGGGUGACAUCACUGCUGAGGUAGCUAUGUAUACAGAAGAGGUAAAGCCUUGCAUCCAGCAGGUGUCAGUCUGCUUGGGCGAGAAAAGGGGGUUUUUAAUCUGAUGUUUUAUAGCUUUAAAUGUCACAAAUGAAUGUCUGCAAGUUGAGCAAUUUUGGACUUGGCAGGGGGCCAGCCUUCUCCAGAAGGAUGGAAACCUUGGGGGUGGGGCAGGAUCUGGUGGGGUCCUUUUUGCUUCUCCUACUCUUUCAGUCAAGGAGCGUUCACUGGAUAAUCUGGAGAAAGUGCCCUCUACCACGAGAGACCUAAAGGCAUCAUAGAAUAUUGCCCCAUACAGGUCUUUUUAGAGAACACUUCCCCCCCCUUUUGAGUGGAGGUGCAGAAAGGGCCAAGAGGACUGAACAUGUGGGUGAUCUGUGUUACAAUAAGCCUACAGGUGUUUUAACAAGGUGACUGUAAUUUUGCACCUUCCUCCAGCAUCCAGGGGGAAUAGAUACAGUAAAUGGAGAAUAAAUACAGAACUACAGUAAUACACUGAACUACUGAAUAAAGAAAUGACAUUGAACCUGUCCUGUGUCUUCAUGUGGCUGAGCAGGAGUGUGUGAAUAAAUCUAAAAAGA